GAGAGACAACGAGCAUGAGUAGGACGUGGGUCGCCGUGCGUCGGUGCAGAGGGCCGAGAGAGCGUGUCUCCUGCGGAACACAGCUGGCACGGACCGUCAAGAUGUAAGCUGUCGGCAGAGAGACGUGUCCACGGUAGCCGCUGGCCCAGGCCGAGAGAACGUGCACGAGAGAGAGAGAGAGAGAGACUGGAUAGAGAAGAGAGAGAGGAAGAAGGAGAGGAGUGAAGAAAUCGUGCAGAAGAGAGAAGAAAGAAGGAGAAAGCAGCAGCUUUGGGAGAAGAAGACGUCGACGUCGAGGAAGAAGAGGCGAAAGUGGUGGCGCGGAGCAACGACGAGCGAUCAAACUGGGCCGAUCAGGGAGGAUGGUGUAGCGGGAACCUGGGGGAUCGAUUGCUUCCCGAUAGUUGGCAUGGAGGACACGGCACUGGGCAUCAUCGAGGGCUGAGCUAUCGAAAAAUAUGGCGUCAGGGGUACCGGGCGCCCAUCAGAGGAAGCUUGGACCAGCGCCGAUAGCAUCCUUCGAAGACCUGUCCGACGAGGUGGAAAACGGGGAACCGGCUGCGCGAAUGCCAGGCAUCGUCGAGGUCACCACGCCGGCUACGCCUGGCAGUUCGCUAAAGACACCCAGCACACCGCGAAUUGACAUCAGCAGGGCCAGCAGUUCCUCCCACCAUGAGGACAGUAACUCCAGGGACUCGACGCCCGAGAGGGAGCUUCUCGCAGGCGGAGAGCCUCCACCUGGAUGCAAGCUGACGCUGGGUUACAAAGAGGACGCUCAAGAUCUGAGAUCGUCCACGGAGGAGCUGGACCUGCAGGAUCCCGUGCACGAGCAGGAUCUCAGGCGGGAGUCGAAGAAGCUAGCCAAGAGAAAGAAGGACGAUGCCUCGUUGUCCGAGUACAGCAGCAAGCUCGAGAGGGAGAGGAAGGACAGCAACUGUUCCGAGAUCGUGUUGUUGAACAUCAGCGGCAGGACGUCCAGGUUGUCGUCGGUCGGCAGCCAGGGCUCUGGAGCCUCUGGCAAGCUCUCCGUUGUCUCGGCUACUUCCUCAAGGUCACCGAGUCCGCACAAAUGCCUGCUCGAGACCUCGUUCUGCGGGAGCAAGCCGACGCUGGCCGACAACCUGAUAGAGCCGUCGAAGCCGGAGACGGACGACCUGGAGAAGAUCCUGUUGAAACGCGAGGCGGACACCACGAAGGCGUUGAUACCGGAGAGCAUAAAGGUGUCGAUGAUCGACGGGAACCUGAAGCCGGACCCUCUGGACAAGCCGCGAAGGAGAGGCCGGGAGGAGCGAAAGGAGAUCUUCAAGAGAGAGGUGGAGAUCACGAAGAGAUUCCUGGAGAGGGUCAACAUAGAGGUGCCGAUCGUGAAGAAGCCGGCGGACACGCAGAGCACAACGACGGCGCAGCAGUCGUCCAGCCGGAGUCUGCCGCAGGAGGUGCAGAAGCCGGUUAGCUUGGACUUCAACGACAAGAGAAAGAAGUCGCAGAACUUCAAGGAAAUCGUGCAAACGACUCCGACAACGAGCAGCGUGACCGGAAGCCCGAAAUUGCCGAGGCAUCAGAAGGUUCGGGAGCUCGAGGGCUCCCGGACACCCAGCCCCUCCUCCGUUUCCCGAAAAAGCAGCUUCGCCUCCCUGUUCAAGGGCCGAACAGACAGCAGUGUGUUGAGCCCAGAAUCACCGUCGCCGAGCACGAAACCGCGACGUAGUCUGACCUCGAAGAUAAAGGACACCACGGAGAGUCUGCGCAGCAGAUCGAAGUCGCGCGAGCGCGUGUCCGCGGAGAAAGGCUCGAGCCUGAAGAAAGACUCGAAGAACAAGGGGGUGUUCUCGUCGACGUUGAGCCUGUUCAAGAAACGCGAACGGAAGAAGAGCUACGACGAGGCGAUCGCGGCCGCGUGCGGCACCGAGCUGGAGGACAGCGGCGGCCAUCCCUCGUUGGAGAGCAUAGGGAACGUUGAGUUCCGGUUCAACGCGGACAGAGACAACAGGAAGGACGACUCGAUUUUCAUAAGCCUGCACGCGGACGACAGGAACUACGAGGAGGCGCUGCCCUCCGAGAGCGUCUCGAUUCCUUUGGAGACGCCGACCAAGCUGCUGGACGAGUACGAGUCGGAGCCGCGGACCGGCAGCAUAGUGACCCAGGUGUCGAUCGAGCAUCACCCGGUGCCGGCCAAGAUCAAAACCGAGGCCCAGAUCGAGACCACCUCGAGGUCCUACUCGCGGGACAGCGGCCCGCUCCCGAAAAGCGUCUCGAAGGACUCGGAGAUCUCGAGGAGCUCCUCGAAGGAGUCCAAGAUCAGCUCGCACAGCAAAAUCGCCGAGGCGAAGCCGGCGGACAGCAGGCCUUCCUCGGAGCACAGAGUGUCCAGCAGCUCGUCGAGAGACUCCGUCGGCAAGAAGGAGAUCACUAAGCCGAAGAGGAAGAGCAAAGAGGUCCAGCAGAUCGAGCCGCCCGAGAGGAUCGACGAGAACGCGCCCCGGCAGAAGCAGCAGCCCAAGGAGCCGCCUCACAAGGAGCCGCCUCACAAAGAGCCGCCUCACAAGGAGCCGUCUCACAAGGAGCCGCCUCACAAAGAGCCGCCUCACAAGGAGCCGUCUCACAGGGAGCCGUCUCACAAGGAGCUGGCCAAGGAGCUGGCCAAGGAGCUCGCCAGGGAGCUCGCCCAGACCAGAAAAUCCGUGGAGCUGCCGGACGACGGACUCAGAGCGGAGGACGGCCUCGCGAAGGCGCCCAGCGUCGUCUCCGAUCUCGAUCACAACAGCUCCGAGUCCGAGCGGGACUCCGAGAUCGAGUUCAUCAGGAACAAGGCCGAGAAGAUCGUCCAGGAGCUGCCCGACGAGAGGAAAGGAUUGUUUUACGAGGAGAGCUUCGAGGAGGAUCUACCCUACGUACCGACCACCCUACCUUUAGAGAAGAGCGUCGCCGUGCCGAUCCUGCCUGUCAAACAACGACUUCAAGAAGUUAGAACGAUACCGAUCGAGAGGCCGCGGUCGACGACGCCCAUAAACCCGACGCUGCUCGACGAGUUCGUGAUGCAGACGUCGCUCGACGAGCGUCGCAUCGAGAAGAUGAAGAUCUCGCUGCCCCGGGAGGACAGCCGCAAGCUGAAGAGCCCCAGGAAACACCCGGCGAACACGUUCACGGAGUUCGCCGGUAAAGUGACCGACGCGGGCCGAAGGGCCGCGGGAAAGUCGCCGAGCCCACCGCCACUGCCACCGAGGGCCCCGGCCAGACCUACCAAUUGGAUCAACUUCGAGGAGAUACCGGAGAAGAGGAAAGCGCCGAAGAGGAUCCAGACGAUCCCGCGGGCCGACGACGAGCCCAAGUCCGGGUACAGCUACGUGCAGCCUGAGGAAUGCAGGUGCGAGUGCCACGAAGAGUCGCGAAGAGCGUCGCUGAGAGAGGCCGCGGCGACCAGGACAUCGUCCUCGUGCAGCAGCAACGGCGAACGAUCGUGCAACGGCGACAACUGCACGAUGCCGGCGUCCGGAUCGGUGGAUCGUGCCAGCAUCGUCAGUGACAGCUCGUUGGAGUGUAGCCUGAGCAUCGAGGAGGGCGCGCAAACCCUUCUCGCGGCGGACUCCUCGUCGAGACCGUUCGGCAUGGACCUCGACGUACGGUCGAACAGGUCCAGCAUCGUGUCCCAGGACGAGACUGACGAGAUCCAGCACCAAUAAUUCAUUUCACGGCACGCCUCCUCGCCUUACUCUCCCUUUUCAACAAAUUCUCCUCCUCGUUCGACUCCUUCGGCCGAGUUCUCGUCGCGCUCUCUCUGUCUCUCUCUCUCUCUCUCUUUCUCUCACACACACUCUCUCUCGCUCUCAGUCUCUCUCACUCUCAUUUCAUUUUCAUUUUCAUUAUUUGACGGCGUUCUAGCGACCGAUACCGGGUCCUCGAUUCACCUCGGGCAUGGAUAUGAAUUUGCUUCCUCAAAUAGCUCUCUUGUCAGAGUUGAACGAAAUCGUCUACAUGGAAGCGUUAUUUUCGACGCGCGUCACGAAAUGUAACACGUCACAUUUUUCUUAGUAGGGCGAGGGCGUCAGUUACCGUGCCCAUUAAAGUGACGUCUAAAGUUUUUAAUGAAAAGCAAAUAGUUUUAAAUUAAAAUGAAGUAGUUUCGAAUUAAGCCGAAGUUUCAAAUUAAAAUUAAAUAGUUUUCAAUUAAAAUUAAGUUUCACACUGAAAUUAGAUGGUUUUAAAUGAAAAUUAAAUAGUUUCUUAUGCUUUCUUAUUAAAUAUAUUCUUAUUUUAAUGAAGCAUUUCAAUUAUAUGUUGGUGUUCUUCGGAUAAGUACAAAAUUGUUUCAUAAUCAAAGUACGCAGAGAAUGCAAAAUAUUUAACGAAACAUAGAAAACAGUUUCUGAGCCAGUUAUUGCGAGAUCUUAGGGAGAUGAAUGAAUGAAUUUUCUAUUUAGUUGCUGUGUAUCAAUUUCUGUACGCCCCGAUCUAGUUACUAUGUGACAAUUUCUGUACACUGAUCUAAUUACUGUGCUACCACGUUUCAAUUUACCAGCAAGAAAAUCACGUUUCAUCUGUUCCGCGGAAGACUAUUGUAUUUCAUAUUUACUACGAAACACGAGCACGUCUCAUUUUUUUUGCGACGAAAAUUAACACGUUCCAGUUGUUUCUGCGACGACUGGAACGUUUCGGUUUUCUUUAUCAAAGUUGCAAAGUCUAACGUGUUUCUUAAGAAAACUGAAACGAAUAACUUUUCGUGACGCGCGUUGAUUUACGCGCAUCACUGUAUAAAAAGCAGUACAAUUUGAUCGCCUAGACAGAUAAAAGCCUUUCCUCAGCGAAGAAUUGGAUAAUCUUGAAAAACAGCAAAAAGCUGGCUUCAGUUUCUUAGCCAGCUAUUAGAGCGGACCUGCUCGUUUUAGUACAGAGUUCCCUCCAUAUCGUCGCGCGAGAAUUCUCUUCUACCCCGCAACAUAUUUAACCGUAAAUCGUUGAACAAUGAAGGCGAAGAUCGAACAACUUCCGUCGUUUCUAAACAUCUCGAUGUAUUUUCCAAACCGCGCGACGCUAAGGGGGGAACGUUACGUUCCCUGCCAUGCCCGAUCCUUCGAAUCGAAGGCAACGCAGAACGGCCCGUUGUCUCGCGGCAUUUCCCUCACUUUCUCCCCAUUUUCUAUCGUCGUUGCCAGCAACGACCGCCCCGACGGUUUCGCCGGGCGGAUUUCGUCCCGGCGCAUUUCAGUUUGCAAUCGUCCGUCGCGCGUUUGUACAUAGUACGUUGCAAUAGCCGGAACAUUGUCAUUUUCCUCGGGAGAAUAUUUCAGUCGAGGGGCGCACCUUCCACGAGAACUCGUUCGUUUUUCCUCGUUAUCUAGAUUCCACGUUACCUUUUACGGACAGAAGCAUGCUUGCUCGUGUGUGUGUGUGCGAGCGCGCGCGCGCGCGCGCGUGCGAUGACCAAAAAUGCUUCCUUUACGGUUAGAGAGAGGGCAGGGUGCGAGCGAAACCCGCCGUGCCGGCGAACGGUGGCUCGCAGGAUCGACGGUAUCAUCGACCAGCUUCAUAUCAUGUAGGUAGAAUUUUAGCUCUGUAAGUGUUUUUUCCGUCGUGCCGUAAAAUUUAUCGAAUGUUGAAAGUAUAAGAUCGUUAUCGGCGUCGCGUCGGGAUGGAUCGUUCCGGCGACCGGCCCACCCCCGACUUCCGGUCUGCAAAUAUUCCACCGUAUUCCGACUCGUUGACGCGCGAGCUGACUCGUAAAUGAUUCUAUGCAAAAUCACCGGGAACAAUUGGCCUGUUUUCGGGAAGCAACCGACUUUUGAGCGGAGUCCUCCGAUCCGGCUUCCCGACGACUUUCCAAUAUGGCCGUCGCGCAGUUGGCCCAUUGCGUGCCAAACGCGGUGAAAGACAGCUUAUAAAUCAUGCGUACACAUCUCUUUGUAUCAUAUUUUAUACAACGUAAAUAUGUAAGAGUCAUUUACCCACUUUCCUGACUUUUCUUUUUUUUUUAAAUAACACAUUUUUAAACAAUGAUUUUAUUUCGGAAUGAUUUCGAGAUGGGUCUCUUCAGAACGCUCUAUUCCUCACUGAAAUUAAUUUAAUUUGAUUUAAUUUAAUCUAAUUUAUAUAUAUAUAUAAGUAAAAAUAGGUAAAAACCCAUUUUUUUACCAUUCAGAACUAGAAGCUAAUAUUAAUAAUAAGUGGUAAAAAAGAUUAUGUCAAAUUGUAGUCCAUAUUCCCAACAAACAAAUUAACUUUUCAUUAUAGUAAUAUUUUAUUCGAAUGACUUUUCACCGCGUUUGGUGUACAAUGGCCCCAAUGGCCGUCAUUGGUUGUCGUUCAUCGGGAGACUAAACACAGGGAACAUCUCGCCGUCGCAGCAACUCGGCCUUGUUUUCGCGAACAAAUUAACCGAGCAUGUCAACCGUGACGCUUCUCGCGAAUUUGUUAUUAUCAGUCGUCGUAACAUCAAGAAUGCGUUGGGCUUGCGGAAGUCGAGGAAUUCCGCACGCGUUCCGUUGUCGAUGGUCGCGAGUUAUCGAUAGUUCAUUCCGCCGAUAUUCGUUAACCCUUUUAUGGGCACAAUAUGAAUAUUCGAAAAUACUUCAAUUCGCGAUAAGAAUUUUCGACGGUGGGAAUAUUUGAGCCUGGUGGUCCACACGUGGCGCUAAAAGUGAGUGGGGAGCAUAGUUCCCAGUGCCUAUGAAAGGGUUAAGAGUCUUGUGCACGGUCGGUCGAGGAUCGUCCGCACGUCAUAUCCUUCGAAUUCGAGAUUUUUCCUCUAGAUAUCUCCAUUUUGUCGGUCACGAGCCACCGUCCGCCGUUGGCGAGCGUUCUGGAACGGCCUGCCACGAGAACGGGACUCGGAGGCAGCGAUUAGUUAGCGAGCUUAGAUGCAAGACAGAAUCAAACAACCACGAACGACCGGAAUCGAUCGAUUCCGCCUCGAGGGAAGACGAGAGGCUCGCUCCGAGAUCGUCGUCGAUUAUUUGUUACCAGACUGCGGAUGUUUGUGCAAAGUAAAAAUCGUCCGUCUCGAUUGUAAAAUACAGACGAUGAAAAUAUAUGUUAUUCUUACUUUAACAAUUAACCUACCGAGCUCUAAAGGUGACUAACGUGUGCGCUGUUUUGUAAGAAUAUCAAGAUUGAAUUCGUCUGGACUUCCUGUUAUUUUUGUUAUAAUGUAAGCUCGAAUGAAUUGGGAUUUGUACGAUCGUUUCUUAAGCAAAGAAUCUGUAUGGUGACAACAAUUUAAAAAUCGAAAAUGUGAAAGCGAUCGUUAUGACCGGCACGGUAGGUUCAGUGUUAACAAUCUUAAUCAAUAGAAAAUAGUACGUCGUUAUCCUUAAAUUCAUUUAAUCUUUUCACAGUUUGAAAUAUGACUUAGCCAUUUCUGCCAUAAAUGCAUAAUAUCCGCAGUCUAAAUCUGUAAUAAAUAUUACAAGCUUUCUGAUCAUUUCUCGACGCUUCACUAUAUCGUUUUCUAAUAUUUGUAUCGACCGCUGUGGUAUCUCGAUGGAACACGAAUCAAUGGCAUCGGGCCUCUCGUUAGCGGGCCACCGGAGAUCAAUUUCAGCUGUUCCCAGAGCCUCGAUUCGCCUAAUCCGAAGAAUUAGGAUAAAGAGCGCCGAGCUCCCUCGGGAGAGGUCGAUUCCGCUCCGUGGAAGUUGACCUAAAGAGUACAAGGUAGUAGCGGUAAUUGUAAAGUUAAUGGAUCGUACGGUCGAUAGGGAUCUUGUUAAAUUAGCUGCGCGAGCGAGCCACGGUGUAUAUCCGCUGUGUAUGGUUUAGGGUAAAUUAGGCGACGAGAAUGAAUGCGACUCUCGCGGCGCCCCAGAGGAUGCGUCUGCUACUGCAAAAGAGACGGUCGGCCAUUGCCGAGCGGCGAACCUUUCCGGCAGACUAGAUCGCUGUUUCGUGCUUUUUCCGUUUGCCGAUUGGUACAGUAGGAGGAUCGAGUAGAGGUCGAAAGUCGACGAGGCUACCUUAGAGGGUGAUCCUCGAUCGCGUUUAGGCGAGCCUCCUCUCGACGAGGGGCAGCGCCCCGUGGUCGCAGGAAAGUAACGAAACGAACAACUGUCGUGUUCAGUGCUCGCAGGGAAAUAAGUUACGCGUGUAGUGGGGGCGGCUGACGCAAGGAGUGGGGCUGGUGACGCAUGCGCGGGAUUCCCGCGCAGCGUGAUCGGUAGACGGCGGAUUUUUAUGCAAGGUAAAAGUUGUCCUACUCGAUUAUGAGUGACGUAAGCUGAAGGAAAAUGACUUUCCUCUUUUAAUAACUUUAGUAAGUUGUGCAUAAUAAAAAAGUGUUCUCGAAUUCUUCUCGUGUCUACAGAAUUUCGUUUUUGAUACAGUCAUUUUUGUAAAAAAUUGCACAGACUCCGCAAUCUAGUUGUCAGUAGACUCGGUUUUUGUAUGCAAAAUAAAAAUUGCCCAAGUUAAUUCUAAGAAACAUAAAUUGGAUGAAAAUAUCUUUCCUCUUUUAGCAAUCGUAAUGAGUUAAAAAUAAUGUAACAGUAUCCGUGAGUUCUUCUAAUUCCUUUACAACUUUUUAUUUGGCCUAUUCAUUUUUCCCACAAGUGCAUCAAAUCCGCAGUCUAGUGAUCAGACAGAAGCUCUGCGUCGCGUCCCGAUCGCAGUUCAGAAUUAUAACGUUCACCCGGUAGACGCGCCACGCCGCCGUGCCGCCCCUUGCGUAACACAUUUCCCUUAAGAACGCUGGUCGUGUUUAACAAUUUCUGCUCAACAAAUUGCGUUUCUUCGACUACGUUAGCUCUGUGUACAACCGAGACAAACAAAAUAACACUGUGUUCAAAAUGGAAUUAAAAAGAAAAAACAGCCGGGGAAACGCGUGUCGUCCUGGCGCACCGGAAGUCGACGCUCGUCGACCCACAUCGACGCUUUCUGUCGGGGAACACUCGAGAAAUCGAUCGAAUUCGAAGCUUUCCAGGCCGUGCGAUCGACACUGCUCGUUCGUUUUCUCGAACCCAAAACGUUUCCAACGGAAACACCUACCGAGCCCUGAAAGUAACUAACAUGUGUCGUUCUAUAUCGAUGAACAGACUGUAUUCAUUUCGACCUCUCGCCAUUUCUAUUAUAACGAUUGUUUGGAUUAAGAAAUUCAUUUCAGUUAUUUACUAUGAAAAAAUGGUUACAACUUCAGUCGCUUGAGAACGACAAAUGAGAAACCGGUCAUUUUGACCGGCUCGAUAGGUUUAGUGUUAGUACAACAACCAUUCGUAGUUUCUUUGAAUCUUUUCACGAAUUUACGUUUCACUAUUUUUCCUAUAAAUGGAUAAAAUCCGCAGUCUAUUAACGAUCAAUGUCGAUCGCGGCUCGUCCGAGAUUUCGCUGCGCCGCCGGUGCGCAGGAACGAUUCUCCUCGAGUUCUCCCGUGUACUAACGCGUCUAGGAAUUGAGUAAUUGUUCUACUUUUUAUCUUCGCCCUUGGACAAAGAGAACCGUAGCUAGAACGGGAGGUGAACCACCGAAGGGACCUUCGAUCGUUAGCCGCGCGUAAUUAUGUAGUGUCUUUUUCCUUGAAUAUUGAUGUGCGUAGCUUCAUCUCUUUGUCGAUUGUUCAGCCGCCAUCCGGGAAUCACUCAACGCCGCCAUCUUUUGCGCCACGGGGCCCCGGAACGGCGGCCCAUGGAAAGUCUUCUGGAGAUUGUCUGUCACGCAGACCGAGCCUCUGUUGUUCUCUGAGAUCUUUCUCGAUCGGAGAUAAACACGGUGAGCCAGUUUUCCGUUGACUUAUGCAAUUUAACGUGUCGGCGAUGGCAUUUUUGUCGCCACUCUGGGCGACGAAAAUGAGGGUGCACGAAGAGCUAUAGCGUUAUCCAAAUUGAGUGUCACGUCUUUAAAUUGAAAUAAAACACGAACUAUUUGAGACAUUUCAGGUUACUUUAUUUUAAUAUAAAGUCCAUUGCAUAAUAUUAAUCGUGGGACACAGAGCCGUUCAAAUGACCGCUCCCCGGCUUUUUUCACGAGCCCGACUCGUUUUACCCAAUUUUCUCCAUUACAUUAUUACGUAAUUGGAGUUCUAAUUCAUUAACGGCGUCUAUAAUAUUGUUUUUUUUUUUGGCUCGUCAAUCGUUUGUGGUUUAUUGACAUAAACUUUACUGUUUCAUAAGCCCCAUAGAAAAAGAUCUGACAUGAUCAUGGGGGCUAGUUGAUGUCUCCUCCUGGAGAAAUCAGGCGUCCAUCGAAUGUUUAUAAUAACUUUCAACACUACGUACACGUUGCUGCAUAGCGUGGUGAUUUGUUUACGAUUAAUGAUGACGCGAAUCAAAUAACAAACAACAAUCAAACCGUUUAUCAAUGCCAACUGUUGAAAGGCGUGUCACUUAAUUUGGAUAAAGUGAGACUCGCGACUCGGAAAGCAAGUUUUCAGAGCGCGAAUAUAAAAAUUGCCAGGCGCGAAAUGGUUCGCCGAGGCGAAAAAAUGGUUUCGCCGCGUAUUAUCUUCGAGCUCCCGCGGUUCCGCGGCCCCGUGGCGACCGUUUAACAAAAGAUGACCCCCCUUUCGAAUUAGGAGAGGGAAGAAUGAGGAGUACAUGUUUGGAACUCACCCUCGUAACCACGGAUCCAGCCUCCCCUUAGCAUUCACGAUUAUUUUUAAGGGACUCGACUACGCUCGAGGAAGUCUAAAAGAGUGUUUAAAUGUUUCUACCGUUGUGUAAAUAAAAAACGUCAUCGGAGAGUGCAUAUCGUGAGAACGCUGUGAGACGAGGUAUGAUGAGAGAAAGUGAAACAGGCGAAAGAGAGAGAGAGAAAGAGAGAGAAGGAGAAAGAGGCAGAUUGAGAGUGUGAAUGAGAGAGGCAGAGAAAGAGCGAGAAGAACAACCGGAGGAAGAGAAUAAAAGAUUGUUUGCGUAUACCGACGGGUGGCUCAAUCAUUUCAAAUUGCGUUCCUCUAGUCUCUAGAAUGCUCUCUCGCCUUCGAAAAGUUGUAAAGAGCUAAUCAAUUUAGCGCUGAUGCUUAGCUGGUAACGUUACGUACAAAAAUCCGAGGCCUGCGAUCGAUCGCGCGUCGGGAACGAGGCAGCGGCCAUCUUGUCGCUUGCGUUUCAGCGCGGCAAAUCGUUGAGAAGUGAGAGAUGAACGGAAAAGAUCGCAGCGAAAAGCGGAGAAAAACGAUUCCCCGAAAGUUCUCGACGCGAGAGCGAUCCAAGUCCUCGUCAGAGCCGGAAAUCUCGCACGCCAUUUUGUUGUUCGUCGCCACGAGUGACGCCAUGCUCGGAGAAAGUUCGGAGAACGUACUAGGUCGCGGUGUUCGUCGUCGAUUGAGAAAAGCAUCGCGACCGGGUCGGGGCGAAACGAGAUACACCCAUUUAAAACAAAAAAAGCAAAAAGAAAGAAAAGAAAGCGCGAAAACGCGAAAACGAAGAGACGGGAGACAAAAAAGCUAAAAAAAAAUACUAAAGAAAAGGUGAGAAGCGGUUUAGAAGGGAAGUGCGUCGCGUAGAAACAAGCGAGAAGCUUCGUCGUGGACGGCUCUAAGCCUGUUAUUUUCUGAGGAACAGCAUUAAUUAUUCCUAUAGAGUCUAUUCUUAUAAAUAAUCUUUCGACUGAGUUCCCGCGUCGACCACCGGAAGUGUCAGUUCGAUCGCGCGCCCGCCCGAGGUUCGAGCGCGCCGUGAAAAUCGUAACGUAACAAAAACCAAAAACCAAAAACCAAAAAAAAAAAAGAUAAAAAUGAAGAAGGGAAAAAACCGUGCGACAGAAACGUGAAAAGAUGAUAUAGUCGAUGACGAGAAGAGAUCAAGAUUUUUCGCUGUAUAUAUGUCUGUUUAUUCUUAAAAGAAAUUAUACGGCUGAUUACAUUGAUUCCAAUUGAGAACAGAAAACAGAUUCUAUAUGUAUAUAAUUAAAUCUAGCGGGUAAAUUAACCGAGACCGGGAAUUAAAACGGUGAAAACCGAAAAACGGUGAAACGAGAAGGAACGAAUACAAAUAUGAACGUCGAAGCGAGCUAGAAGAGAGUGCAUUAAGAGAAUAACAAGCGUUACGCUAUUAAUAUACGGUAUUUCGUGAGAGGCACAUCCGUUUAAGGAAUUGUUACAGAAUGAUUCAAAUAAAUAUUAUCUUAAAAAUACAGAUGUAAAAGGCGGCGUCAAGGAUGGAUUGUUAAACGAGCGCGAAGCAGCUUCCAAUCCGAUCGAUCCGUGUUGAUUUUCUCCAUCCUUUUUCGACUACUAUCGUGUAUCAAUCAUUAUGUACCGAUUCGUUUUAUUUAAUAUACUGAUUGUUAAGCCUUUGAA